AAACAUCUAUCGUCUAAAACCCCAGACCCUUUCCCUAAACAACAGUAGAUCAUAGAUAUUUCCAAUUUCACACGCAAUGGACUCGGAUAAAUACGACAAAAUACCACUACAGCCGGAUCAUUGGGAUUUUUUUGAGCUUCCACCAUUCUUUACGCAACAGCCAGCACCGCUUUCGCUGGAGCGUCAAAUAACACUAUGGAGUUCUCUUAUUCUUGAUCACGCGGCCUACCACGCCAAACGGCUGUCUUUAGGAGUUUGCCCUGUUUUACGUUGUUACAGUGUUAACAGCGAUAUUUUUCACAACCCCGGCAUCCGACGACGCCUUUCUCCCGUAGGUGCACGCGUUAUGCUAGAAGGUCUUGCCGCGCAGCACUCCAACCAUUGCGCCGUGCUCGAUGAGGAUGCCGAUGACUUCACGGUUCUAGUCGCGACGAACAAAGGUGGCUUCUCGGAAUUGGAGCAGUCGCUGUCAUCUUGGUUGCUUGAGGCAGGCCAGGGUACGACCUUAGCCAUGCUUGAGGAGAAAGGUGCCGUCAUGACGUUUGAUGAACUAGCAGAAAAUAAAUGCUUGGAAUACAAACUCAAACCCAUUUUUUUUCUAGAUUGCUCUUCAGAAAAGGUACCUAUUGAUGAUGUUGGGGCUUUAAACGCUGAAAUGGCCAUUCGGAGUUUCCUAGAAGUGUUGGCUAAGAACCCCAACAUUCUGUUGCGACCCUUGAGAAUCACAUUAUUUAACUUAGACGGCAGUAAUAAGAAACCAUACCAAGGUGUUAAGUUCGGUGGUUAAGCGAUGUGUAUUCUAACCAUUUUUUUCUCGCUUUCUCUUCCCAUCCUUUGGGAGACGUUGUUAGCAGAUACCUUGAAAGGCACACUUUCUUUUUUGAGUCUGAGUGAAAUUAAUUUUUAGAGUUGGUGCUCUCUUUUUGAAUUUGGGGUAAGAUGUGCUCUAUUGCUGUCGUCAACGAUGCAUGUAUAUAUAUGUUACAUAUAUAUACAUAUAUAUAUAUAUAA